UCGAGAUAGAAAAAAAUGAUGAAACGAGCCCUAGUACUAUAUUCAAGUCAGGCAACAGCAGCAGUUGACCCAGGGGAUUUAUUGCCAUCCAUGGCCUUGCUCCGAUCCCUCCACCUCGUGCUGCUCCCCGAUCGGCGCGACGCGUCGCACUGAUCCCGACCUCGCUCCUGCCGCCGCCGUCGACCAGGAGUAGGAGUAGGAGGAGUAGGGACAGAGCCGAUGGGGAGCUGCGUCAGCAAGAAGGACGCAGCCCGCGCGGGCGCCGUGGCCAAGGAGGUGGCGCCCCCGCUCCCGCCGGAGAAGGAGCUCGCUCUGCCGGUGCCCGUGGUGGUGGUGGUGGAGGAGGAGGUCAAGGAGGUGCUGUCCGAGACGGCCGUGCCGGUGUCGCGGCCCAGGCCACCGGAGCCGGAGGAGGAGGUGGUGAAGAGGAGGCUGGAGAGGAAGGGUGAGGUGGAGGAGGAGGAAGGUUCUGAGAGCGCGUCGGUGUCCUCGGCCACGGCGGAGAAGGCUAAGGCGAUGGCCAAGGGUGGGGUUGAGCAAGGGUUGGAGCAGAAGGUGGUCGACGGGGCGGAGAAGGUGAGGGCGACGAGGACGCCGGAGAAGAGGAGGCCCAAGGAGGCCGGCAACGGGAGGACGAGGUCGCCGUCCCCCGCGUCGGCGCAGAGGAGGCAGGGCGCCGGCGAGCACGCGGCGCUGCCGCCGCGGCCACGGCGCGAGCAGCCCGCGGUGGUGUCCAGCAUCGGCUGCCGCAGCGGCAGGUUCUCCCCGUCCGCGGCGAGGAGGGCCGCCGAGAGCGCCGUGAGGCGCACCCACUCUGCCAGGGAGGCAGACAUGAUGCUGCCGCAUUCUUCCCGGACGCCGGCGGCCAAGCGGUCCCUCAACGCCACCGUCAACGGCAACGCCAAUGCGCACGUAGGCGGCGCACCCAAACGGGACCCCGGCGAGCGUUCCGGCAGGCGGCCUGACUCCCCGACAUCCAAGCGCGUCCCGCCCGCCUCGCCGGCAGCGAACGGCGUCAGCCAGCGGCCGCAACAUAGCCUCAACGGCGGCGGCGUCACGCGCAAGACGGCGAGAGAGAACACCACCCUCGAGCAAACCAAGCCGCAAUGCGGCAGCGCCGGCGGCCGGACACCGCCGGAAGACCCCAGAGAGAGCCCCGACGAGUCAACCCUGGAGCACGCGGCGGACGGUGGAGGGCUGGUCCAGAACCCCUCGGUGGCCAUGGAGUGCUUCAUCUUCCUCUAGCCUCGCCACCAUUAAUUUCCGUCGACAAGUUAGCUUCUUGCUAACAUGCUGUGUAAUUUUUUGCCGCCAUUGUUACCGUCCUAUGGAUUGGAUCAUUGGAAGGAACCCCAUUGUCACUUCCGUCACCAUUC